CUUCCUGAUGGCAUGGAAAGAGGGCGGGAACCACAACCGUGUGUCACACUACAAAUAUCACUUCCCUGUGAGUCAACUAUGAGUUCUGGCUUACAGAGCAGCACUCUCAUUCACGAUCGAUCACUUCUAGAUUUCCAGAAGUUUCUUUGCUGUGUUUUGUUCUAGAGGGCCAUGCUGUACAUAGAGUUGAUCAGGCUGUGGGAUGAGGCUGUACAGGCAAUAGACAGCCGGGACUGGCAGGGCGCUCUCACUAAACUCAACCAGAUCACAGAACACAACUGUCGCACUAUGUUUGUGGUCGCGUCGACACACAUCGCCCUGGGUCAAGUGGAUUUGGCCAUCAAGGCUCUCGACCAGGCAAUCGCAAAGGAUUGCUGUCUUGCUGUGGGAUUUUUUCAGAGGUCUGCUGUUCAUAUGAUGGCAAACAGACUGGAGGAAGCAUUGUCUGAUUGUAUAUGGGCUCAGAAAUACAUGAGGGAAAACCCUGUCAUUGACUACAAACAGCUGGGUCUUCGCUAUAAACUGUACACCUGGCAGGUUCUUUAUAAUGCAGCAGCCAUUCAUUCUAGACUGCAACAAUGGGACAAAGCCAGGGAUAUUUUACAGUCGGCCGCACAGGAGAGAGGAGCGGGCCGAAGCAACCUAAUAGACACAGCUCUAGAGGCCAUUUCGAGGAGAGAGGCUUUAAAGCCUCUCCUGGUGCCCGAGGGUGAAGUGUUCCGUCCCAGGAAACAGGAAGUAGAUCAGCUUAAACCGAGGGACUUCUUGGGUGAAGCAAAGGUCAUCACUUCUUUGAUUCCAAACGAUGACUUCAGGGGCUUUGAUCCUCUCAGACCACAGAAACCAGGGUACUAUGAGCCAAAGGUAGUCGACGGCCAGGACUCUCGUUACAUGGUAAUGAAGAGUGCUUAUGUGGCAAAAGGGGCAGGGGAGCUAACAGUGCCUGCUGGAGCAGAAGUGUUUGUGUAUAGUGACGACGACAAGGACGGGCUGGCAGUAGUCAUUUAUGAUGGAAAGAGAGGUCUGGUUCCCAAUUUCCUGCUUGAACCGAUGGGCAAGAAAAACAAGGGUAAAGUCAAGCGAAUUGAACUCGCCAAUGGCAUCCCACAUCCACCAGCCCUAAAACCCCCAAAUCGACCCCAAUGUCCAUCUCAACGUUCACUAGAGUUGCACCCCUCCUGUGCCUGUGAUACCCACGCAUCUCCACCAACGACCAGCAACUCCAGCAACAUCCCUACGCAGCAGGCCCAAACCUCACCCCAGGACUCUGGAUCAGUCAUAGUCAAGGUGCACUAUACAUGCACCAUGGCUCUGAGAGUCCCUUUAGAUACUCCUUUCCGGGAUCUGCAAGAGAAAAUCGCACAGAAAUUAGGACAGCCCGUGACGAACAUUCGCCUCAGACACAGAAGGCAUGGCACCAGAGUACUAAGGCCACUAAAUGGUGACGAUGGACUGGAUAGCUUAGAGGGUGUGGCUGAUUCAGGACGUGCCGAAAUCUGGUGUCAGACUGAGGACCCUCUGGCCAACAGGACCAUUCUUUAUCAGAUGGUGGCACUAUAUGACUACAUUGCACAAGGCCCAGAGGAUUUGGAAUUCAGUGAAGGUGACACAAUUGACAUCCUCAGUGAAGUGAAUGAGGAAUGGCUAGAAGGGCACAUUGCUGGAAAAAUCGGCAUCUUCCCUAGAAGUUUUGCUCAUCGGGAUACAGAGAGCAUCAGUGGGGCAUCAACAGAUUGACACAGCCUCUAAACAUCUUCAGUGGCCAUAUUAGCAUUCAAUCAUUAAAGGGAUACUUCACUUUUUUUGGAAAUAGGCUCAAUUUACAAGUCCCC